UUCACAAUCAGCACAAUUAAUGAAUGACUGUUGUGCGCAUGCGCGUUGCAGAUCAUUGUACCCCCUGCGCGCAGCUCGAGGCGCAUCAUUGACAGGUUACACGCGUGCACUUCUCGUACUGUGCCCUGAACACCUGUAAGAUGUGCAUGGAAACCACAGCCUGGUGGAAACCACGAGGUGCCAUUAAGCCCCUUUAAAAAAUCUCAUCAUAAUGACUAAUUGGACAAACGUGUCCAUCUGCCCGCUCAGCAUCACUUUAUGCGCUGAGAACAUUAUGGACAGUAAUGCAACCUCCGAGGACGAGUACCCGGUGCAUCUUUUCCCGGUGCCCAUCCUGACCGGCAUCACGGUGACCUGCUCUUUUCUGUUCCUCGUCGGGAUUGCUGGCAACCUGUUGACCAUUUUAGUGGUCACUAAAUACAAAGACAUGCGAACCACCACGAAUCUGUACCUCUGCAGCAUGGCACUUUCAGACCUGCUGAUUUUCCUGUGCAUGCCGCUGGACUUGUACCGGGUUUGGCGCUACCGGCCGUGGAACUUUGGCGACGAGCUGUGCAAACUAUUUCAGUUCGUGAGCGAGAGCUGCACUUACUCCACCAUCCUCAACAUCACCGCCCUAAGCGUGGAGAGAUACUUCGCCAUCUGCUUCCCACUCAGGGCGAAAGUGAUCGUGACGAGGGGUCGAGUUAAAGGGGUGAUUUUACUCCUCUGGACUGUGGCUCUGUGCAGCGCGGGACCCAUCUUCAUUCUGGUCGGGGUCGAGCACGAGAACGGCACCAACGCGUGGGAAACCAAUGAAUGUAAAGCCACCGAAUACGCCAUCCGCUCCGGACUGCUUACUAUGAUGGUUUGGGUGUCCAGUGUGUUUUUCUUUCUCCCCGUCCUGUGUUUGACGGUGCUCUACAGCCUCAUAGGCAGAAGACUGUGGAGAAGGAAGGAAAACCCAGUUGGACCCAUUUCCAGUCGAGACAAGAGCAAUAAACAAACGGUCAAAAUGCUUGCUGUGGUGGUUUUGGCGUUUGUUCUUUGCUGGCUGCCAUUUCAUGUGGGUCGGUAUCUUGUCUCCAAGUCUUCAGAGGCGAAUUCUCCGGUCAUUUCCCAAAUCAGUGAAUAUUGCAACUUGGUGUCCUUCGUGCUGUUUUACCUGAGCGCCGCGAUCAAUCCAAUCCUCUACAACAUCAUGUCGAAGAAGUUCAGGAGCGCAGCCUGCAAACUGUUCCGAGUGAAGCGCGCUCCUGGACGCUCGCUCCAGAGUAUAGUGAACGCCGAGAGCGUGUCAGUAUGGAAUGAGUACAGCUGGAGCACGUGACACUGGAAAAUCACUUCAGAACACAGACUGAACGCACUCAAAACAGACAAUAACCCAGGGGUGCCCAAACUCGGUUCUGGAGUGCCGGUGUCCUCCAUAGCUUAUAGCUCCAACUUCGUUCAACACACCUGCCUGGAAAUUUCUAGCAUACCAGGAAAGAGCUAGUUAGCUAGAAAAUUAGCUAGUUCAUUUGCUUAAUUGGGGUUAGAACUAAAAUAUGCCGGAUACCUGCCCUCCAGGACCGAGUUUGGGCACCCCUGCUGAGUCACACAAUGUCAUACAUUGUAAGAUAUGUUAAUAACACUUAUACGUGAAUAUAAAAAUAUAUUUCAAAUAAAAGUAUCAUAUUUUUAUAUAUUUUUAUAGACUUUGCAUUAACUGACAGAUGACCCUUUAAAUUACAGUUCAUUUAAAUAGCACCUCUGCUGUUUUUUUAUGUGGAAAAACAUAUAUUAUUUUUCAUAUACUUAAGACUAAAGGUAGACUACAUUUGGAUUUUUACAGUCCUGGAUAUGCCAUUGGUCAUAACACGCCAGCAUUGAUGGAUUAUUAUUUUUUGAGCCAUGUUGAAAAAUAAUACUAAUUAAAAAUCAAAAACUUGCCAACACAUUGGUCAAAAAGAUCAUUGAGUAUAUUACAUUUUCUAGUGUAAGAUAUAGUGUAAGGAAAUGAGGGCAAUUUAUGCAGUUUACAUCAACACAGCCAAACUGAUUACAAAAUUUAUAGUGAGAAAAAUGUCCCAACGAGGUUGACAGUUGCCUAAAUCUCAUGGUUUGUGGACUUUUCUCUUUGUUUACACUUUUUAAUUGCAUUAUGGGACCAUAAUCUAAAUAAACAAUUUAACUGUACAUCUAAAAGAUACUUUUACUGACAAUUUUAGAAGCUUAAAACAAUACAAAUUAAAUAUUUAACAAUAAUAACAAUAAUACACAGAGACACUCUCUUUCUCUAAAAAGGCUGAUUUUAAACAAACAGAUGGAACUGACCAAAUUUAAACCACUUUUGUGUCGAAAAGCAGGUUUUAAAAUGUAAAAACACUUGUAAAAUAACACUGGCAGCUCAAUACCUUGUUUCUGAACUGUUUUACAUGAUUAUUCAAGACAAUAUAUGAUUUCAAACUACUAAAAAUACCAAUAAAAGGUUUGUUUUCACUAAAAGGCACCUUUUAGAAGUCAAAAGUCAUCAGAUAAUGAUCCAAUGAUGCAAUUCAAAAGCGUAAAUAAUCUAAAAACAACAGCGAAUCACUAUUUUUUUAUUUCGCCUGUAUAUAGCAGACAUGAAUUAAACGAAAUAUUAUUCUAACUUUGAUUUUGUUAUGGAUUCAUUUCAGAUGCAUACACCAAAUAUUAAAGUAUUUUCUGAGAACGUAUGCACAAGUAUUAAAUCAUCAGCGGACACCAGCAGUGAUGAUUCCCUCCAUGCAAACUGUAAAUACUGUAUACGCACACUACCCAAAAAUGCCUUAAACUGUGUGAAGUACUGGAUGACAGAGCACUGUAGAUGUAAGCACUCUAACAUUGUACCCUGUGAGGGAGAAAUACAAUGGUGCUGAAUGAUUCAAUCCCAUGCCAUUAACACCCAAGCUUCUGCUGUCAGUAUAUGUUGCAUAAAUGUGUUAUGGGGCAUAAAAAGUGCACUUAUUGCAUGUUUGUAAAAACUGCUUUGUGUUUUAUUUCAGCUAAUGACAUUCUGGUAAUUCAGAUGCAAACCAUUUUCUCAAGACGCCUGUAAAUCACAGAGGAUCUCGUUUUUGUUAGUGGAAAUCAUUCUGGAUUAUAUUUGAUAUAUUGUGUCGAUUUAAUGCACACUGUGAUGCAUUUGCUGCCAUGUGUUUUGUGUAACAUGCAUAAAGCGUAUGAUGUCAUGCAGUAUUACUUAAUUUUAAAAUUAAAAUGUUUUUUGUGUUA